UCGCUGUACAGAGGAAGAAAGGGGGAGACGGGCAGCCCCGUACAGAACGGCUGUAAGUGUAGUUUUUAUUCGUAUGAAGCCCUAGAAGACCUCCAGACAGAGCUCCAGUCUGCGCGGGCCUGGUCGCCACUCACCCUCCACCUCGCCCCGGCUUUAGUUGUCCCAGAUAUGAGCGGCAGCGGGCGGGCCAGGGCCAGCUCCUUCGCCGAGCCUCCCGGAGCUCCCGGAUCCGCUGCAGCCGGCGCCGGAGCAGCAGUAGCCGGGGGAAGCUCGACAGGAAAAACUGGGGCUCCGCAAGCCACUGGGAGCAGCUCGACGAGCUUUGGCAAUCUGAAACUGCCCAGAGACAGUGGCAAAGUGACGACGGUGGUAGCUACACCGGGCCAGGGCCCCGAUCGCCCUCAGGAAGUGUCCUACACAGACAUAAAGGUUAUAGGAAAUGGCUCCUUUGGCGUCGUCUACCAAGCUCGCCUCAUUGACAGCCAGGAGAUGGUGGCUAUUAAGAAAGUUCUCCAAGACAAGAGGUUUAAGAAUAGGGAGCUGCAAAUAAUGAGGAAAUUGGACCACUGCAAUAUUGUGAGGCUACGUUACUUCUUCUACUCCAGUGGCGAGAAGAAAGAUGAAGUGUAUUUGAAUCUGGUGCUGGACUACGUGCCAGAGACAGUGUACAGGGUGGCUCGGCACUUCAACAAGGCCAAGACCACCAUCCCCAUCAUCUAUGUUAAGGUGUACAUGUACCAGCUGUUCCGCAGUCUGGCUUAUAUCCAUUCCCAGGGUGUGUGUCACAGAGACAUCAAGCCCCAGAACCUCCUGGUGGACCCGGAGACGGCCAUCCUCAAACUCUGUGACUUUGGCAGUGCUAAGCAGCUAGUUCGCGGGGAGCCCAAUGUAUCCUAUAUCUGCUCACGGUACUAUCGUGCCCCAGAGCUCAUCUUUGGUGCCACCGACUACACGUCCAACAUUGACAUCUGGUCGGCGGGCUGCGUGCUGGCUGAGCUGCUGCUGGGCCAGCCCAUCUUCCCCGGGGAUAGUGGUGUGGACCAGCUAGUAGAGAUCAUCAAGGUUCUGGGGACACCAACAAGGGAGCAAAUCCGGGAGAUGAACCCGAACUACACAGAGUUCAAAUUCCCACAAAUCAAAGCACACCCUUGGACAAAGGUGUUUAAGCCUCGUACUCCACCAGAGGCCAUUGCCCUCUGCUCUCGACUGCUGGAAUACACGCCAGUGACUAGACUCUCUCCUCUGGAGGCAUGUGCACACGCCUUCUUUGAUGAGCUGCGCCAGCCCAACACCCGUCUGCCCAGCGGACGAGAACUGCCGCUCCUCUUCAACUUCAGUCCUGUUGAGCUGUCUAUUCAGCCCCAGUUGAACUCCACACUCAUUCCUCCUCACGCUCGUGCACAGACAUCGCCUGCCUCACAUGAGGGCAGUGUCCCAGACAGUACCGCCCAGCCCAGCUCAGCACCUGGAUCCAUCAACAACAGCACCUGAGCAUCUCUGUCAUCUUUUUUUUUUUUGCUCUUGCCCCUUUUUCCUUUUCUCAUCUCUGCUCCUCUCCCUCUCAACCUUCGUCCUGGCUCCAAACCCUUCAAAUACAAAAAAAAAAAACUAUACAGACCCACAUCAACAACCUGCGUUGCUAUUUACCCUGAAUGUUAUCCAUUUCCAAUAGAAGGAGAUUUCCAUGGCUGCUGCGAGCUUUAGGACGAUAUGCGUUUUUCUAAGGACAGUAAAGUAGCCACGCUAAAUAAGCUGCUAAUUAGCUGCUGUUCUCAGUCCUUGUCUGGCCUAUUAGAAUAAAUACACAUUACAAUGGUUGGGAUGUUUGGGAGAUGAGGAGGAAGGUUGUACAUGUUGGUUGGAUUAUCUGUAUUAUAAUUGACAGUUGACUUUUAUCCCUUUUUUGCUCUUUAUUUUUAUUCGUAUAAGCUCAUUUUAAGUGUGGACGGGGUCGUGACUGGCUUUGGAGUAGAGAAUGAGGCCGUGUGUAAGGCCUGACUGAUAUUGACAAUCAUCUUAGCAGGGUUGAAAAAUGUCAGACUUGUAGACGAGUAGCGGUUCCGUCCUUUUCCACCCUGAACUCUACUCAAAUAUGAUCAGUUCACUAAUGUUAUUUUUAAUCUCCCAGUUUGAUACCAGACGUAACAUAUUGGCUGAUUUUUGUCCAUGUCAUUUUAGAUGAGAGGUGGUUUUAAAUUUUAUUAUAAAGCAGGGCACCGCAGCCCGUCUUACUGUUUCAUUUUGAA